CAAAAUGCUUUCCCAGUUUCCACAAGCAUGGAAGCAACGACGAGCAAUGAAACGGUUCAAGCCCCAUGUGCCACCAAUCGAGCCCUAACCGACCUCCCUGAAGAAAUCCUCAUCCACAUCCUCUCCUUCCUCCCUACCUUAUACGCCGUCCAGACCUCUCUCCUUGCCCGCCAAUGCCGUUCCCUCUGGUCCCGCGUUCCCGCCCUGGACUUCUCCUACGACACCUUCCCCUCCGCCGAGCCCGACCCGACCCCCGACACCGACCCGACCCGCCUCUUCGCCGACUUCGUUGACCGCGCUCUUGUUCUCCGCCCCAACUCUCCGAUCCGAUCCUUCCGCCUCUCUUUCCUCUACUACCACCGCUACCGCUCCCGCGUCGACUCCUGGCUCCGCUGCUCCGUCGCGCGCUUCCAGGCGCGUGAGCUCCACCUCGACCUCUACGUUGAGAAGAAGUAUCAGAACGAAGUGAGCCUCGAUCAGAUGUACGACUUCCCUGUCUCCUUGCUGAAAAACUCGCGCGUGGAAGUCUUGAGGCUCACGCGCUGCGACCUCUGGUUGCCGGCGGACAUGUCCGCCAUGAACCUCUUCUCGCUGAGGACGGUUUUUCUGGAACGGAUUGAUAUGACGGACCAGAUGGUUAUGGAUUUCAUUUCGGGGUGUCCAAAUCUGGAGGACCUGGAGUUUCACAACAGUGGUGGGAUGGAGAAUUUGAAGAUACGUAGCGAAAAGCUUAAGAGGCUUGCGCUUGGGUACUUUUACGACUGUGAUUCCAGGAACACGGUCGAGAUUGAUUGCCCAAACCUUUGGUUUUUGAAGUUUGAUUGCUGUAGUUUUACCCAGUUUUGGCUUAAGAACGCGUCGUCUUUAGUUGAGUUUCAUAUUGCUAUUGUUCACGUGGAGCAGUACUACUAUUUGUGGAGUAAGGUUGUGAAGCUACUGGAGCAAGCGCCUCAUGUGAAGCACCUUAAUGUGCAGAAUUGGUGGCUUAAGUUUGUGACAUCAGAUAAUCCUUUCCCGAAAAGCUUCAAGCUCCAGAAUGUAAGGCUGUUAGAGCUACGAACAUGGUAUACUCAGUAUGAUCUUGUUGGCAUGGCAGCACUGCUUGAGCUUUGUCCCAAUCUCGAGACAAUGAUUCUUGAUCACCUUCACAAGAUAGAGGAAGAUGAGAGUUUACCAGACGAGUUCUUAAAUAAGCCAGUUAAAUUCAACAUCCCAAGUCUCAAGCAUGUUAAGUUGCUAACGUUUACUGGUACAGAAGAUGAACAUAACUUUGUGACUAUGUUGAAAAAGCAAGGAGCUGCAUUACAAAAGAUUACACUUUUUCCCUUCAAAAUUGAUGGGAACUCAUGUCACCAAUAUCCUCCGGUAGUUCUACGUAGAAAGCCUCGAGAAUGUGAAGCAACAGGAUCUUCUUCUUCUUCAUAAUAUGGAAGUUUAUAGACUCAUGAGCUUUAAAUGGGAAAUCAAUUGGCUCAUCCCAACUGCUUGUUGAAGUUAGCCAUCAAGAUACUGUUAUUGCAUAAACGUCAAAUAGUUCCUUUGUUAGUACUCCUUUCAAAUGGUAUUCUCCUAAAAACACUUGGUCA